AUGGCCCUUCUGUACCUGUUGUAUCCCAUCGCCCUGGCCCUGAGGUCAGCCCAGAAUGUAAUUAUCCGCAACAUGCAUGUAAUUCCAAAAAGAUUCUUACAAAUAAAAUGCUGCACGAUCAAUUCUGUGGGAGCUGUUCUCAACCUCCCUACUGAAACCACGUCACAAGCAAGUCUGAUCGAGGAACGCUUCUUGCUUACGCAAUCCACUGCUAUCCUAGAUUAUGUGGAAAAUCAGUUUCCACUCAAACUACUAUUACUGCUCUCUCUGUGUAGUGUGAAGCACAAGGCUGCGGUAACGAGACUGGCAGUGCUUCUUAGCCAAGACAUCUCUCCAUUGGCGGAUCAUAAUGCUCGAGGAGAAAGGUGUUUGGCAGGUGAUCAGGAAAGUCUUUGACGAGAUAGCCAAGAUUGAGGCAUCUGCAAAGGAAAUUGGAUGAAACUUGAAAUCGCAC